UGUCCCGCUUGCUUACCCAAAUCCUGUGCUGAGCUGCCUCGUCUCUGUCGCCGUCGUCUCUUCGAGGCCAAACCCCUGCCUAACUCCUUCGCCUCCUAUGGCGGAGCCGUCCCCCUCCUUGUUACUCCUCCCCAACCCGCCCUACGGCGACCUCUUUCCCGACGGCCUCCCCCUUCUCCCUUCCUCCUCCGAACUCCAUGACAUUGAUCUCGACUUCGACAUCGACGAUUUCCUCCGCUCGCCGGACCCUCACCACCAUUCCCCUACCUCCGAUCCUAACUCCGCUGCCGAUGGGUCUGCUGUCUCGUCCUCAUCCUCGACCCAACAUGACCGGUCCGGCCUCGCACCCCGCCCCUCCUCCCCCGACUCUUCCGCUGCCUCCGGACUUGCCGUCGUUGUCGACCCAGAAGUCAAGGAGAAAGAGGGAAAGGUCGGAUGGAGCCUUAAGCGGAAGAUGGAGAAGGACAACGAUGGCUUAUCUGACCGCCGCACUGACUCUGAUCUUAACCCUAACCCCAGGAGCAUCAAGUUCCAGCGAUCCGAGGAGGCGAGCCCGCCUUGCAUAUUUGGUUCCGGGAGCCAGGAGGAGGAGAAGAGGAGGGCGAGGCUGGUGAGGAACCGGGAGAGCGCCCAGCUCUCCAGGCACAGGAAGAAGCAGUACGUCGAGGAGCUGGAGGACAAGGUCAGGUUAAUGCACUCCACGAUUAAUGAAUUGAACACCAAGAUCUCGUAUAUCAUGGCCGAGAACAUAAGCUUACGGCAGCAGUUGGUUGGAGGUGUUGCUCCUCCUUCCCCUGUUUAUCCUCGGCCAGGGGCAAUGGCGCCCGUGAAUGUCCAGUGGAUUCCGAGGUAUUCGUUGAAUCCACAAGGGACACAGGUUCCUUUGGUCCCAAUACCUAGAUUGAAGCUUCAAAAGGCUACACUUGCUCCCAAGGCCAAGAAGUCAGAGAGCAAGAAGGGCCAAAGCAACACGAAAAGAGUAGCUAGUGUGAGCCUCAUGGGCUUGUUGUUCCUUAUCCUAAUCGUUAGAGGAGCAUUUCCCAGUCUAAAUCUUCGAUAUGGAGGCUACGAUGAUGACGAAGGUCUCAGCAAUGGACGGAUUUUGUGCCAGGCUAAAAGUAGAAUUUUGAGCGUUAGAGGUUGUGGUAAUGGUCUAAACAGCUCCAACGACAUUACAUUAUGUAGCAGACAGAAGGGUUUUGGAGGUGGUAUAGAUAGUGUUACUGCUAGGAAAUGUGAGAAUGUUAAGGUGGGCCCUGGAAUGAAUCCAAAGGGGCUUAGUUCAUGGCCUUCACCUGGUUCAGAAGCUGUUUUCACACAGAACUCGAGCGAGAGUCUGCCUGCUCUGCUUUAUGUGCCUAGGAAUGGCAAGCAUGUGAAGAUUGAUGGAAACUUAAUAAUCCAUUCUGUUCUUGCUAGUGAGAAAGCCGUACAACAAACAGAAUCAAGCCAGUCAUUGGACAAAGAGACCGGCUUGGCUAUUGCUGGUAAUGUGAUGUCAGCAUUGGCCAUUUCUAAAGCCGGAAAGGGGUUGGAUCUUCAGCAUUCUAAAUCUUAUGGAGAUGCUUCUGACUCUGAUGAUACAUAUGUGAACAACUUAAAAUUAACCUCAUCUGAUGGCCCACAUCAACAAUGGUUUCACGAAGGAAUGGCAGGCCCGAUCUUAAGUUCUGGCAUGUGCACCGAGGUGUUUCAGUUUGACGUCUCAUCAUCUUCCUCUUCAACUAGCAUCUUUCCUACCAGUUCAAUCAUGAACGGUUCCUCGAUCACUAAUGCUACCGAGAACCUCCCUCCUAGUUCUGCUCGCCCUGGGAAGAAUAAGAACAGGAGGAUAAUGCAUCCCGAGCCACUUCCACUCCGAGGAACCACAAGAAACAACACAAAACAGUUUGACAAGUCUUCCGAAAGAAGCAACCUUCACAACAACAAACCUGUUUCCUCAGUGGUGGUCUCUGUUCUGGCUGAUCCCAGGGAUGCCGGUGAUGGUGAGGGCGAUGAGAGGAUAUCACCCAAAUCAACGUCUCGCGUGUUUGUUGUUGUGCUUCUGGACAGCAUCAAGUAUGUUACCUACUCCUGUGUUCUUCCAUUUAAAACCUCUGCACCCCAUCUGGUAAACUAAUUUUGGCAGUAGGAUUAAACCUGAAUGCUAAUUAAAAUUCUCCGUUACUUA